AUGGCUCAGUUAACCAUGGAGCACAAAAGAGCUCGCCUGGAACAUCUCUUUGGUGGCCUUGAUGAUGUCAAGGGCUACCUAACUAUUGAAGAGUUCAUUGGUGGACUUAAUAUGCCUUAGUUCAGGCAUUUUCUGAGCUCACUGAUCUUGAUAAAAAAGGCAAGGAAGAGGAAGGCAGCUUUGAUGAAGGCAACUUCAAACCUGGCCCUGGAGGAAGUUAAUAUUGAGGAGAAAAAACAUUUUGAGGCUUUCAUAAACAAAUUGGGAGCUGAUAAUGUCUUUGAAGACAAGUCAGAAAUCUGGAAGAUCUGGGUGCAGCUCUGGGAGGCAGAACCACAUCUGCUGGGAAAUCUGAAGGAGUUCUUGGCUAAAAUGGCACACUUGAUCAAGGAAGCUAAGCAUGAAAAAGAGAAGAUACAGUUACUACUGAAAAUACAAAUUUCUGAUCACAAUAAGAAGGUGCAGAAGCUAUAUGAGGAAAUGGAGCAGCAAAUUGAGAAGGAGAAACAAAAGCUGAAGAAGGAGAGUAAAGCCAGGAGCCAGUUGCAUUACAUGGAGAUGCAGGAAGAGUUGGAUGUCAGAGAACAGGAAAUCCAGCAUUUCUUCAUUGUACAAAGAGAGCUUGAAACUCAGUUGCUCAGCCUCAAGGCAAAGCAGGUGGUGGCCAAUAGCCAAACCCAGCAGCUGAAAGAAAUCAAGGGCAGCCUUGAAAACCAGCUCCAACAAACCUUCCAUCAGCUUCAAAAGACUGAAAGGUGUCUGGAUGUCAUGAAGGAUAGAAUAUCCCAACUGCACAGUGAAGACAGGGCAUCUGAUGAUGUGACAUCAGUGACUGAAGGUGAAUCCAGGAGAAGAGUGAUUUUCAUUGAAGAAGAUCCUUUGAUAGAGCCUUUUGUAGAAGAAGAUCAAUACUUUCCACAGCAGCCUUCAGACCAAAAUUCUUUGUUUAAAGAGUUGAAUGAGGCUAUUGCAGCACUGAGCAAAACGUCUGGAUCCCAUUACCAAGAAAUAGAUGACUUUGGUUUUCAGCAGCAAGAGCCCUUGGAUCAAAUUCAACAUCAUGAAAGUUCUCAACAAAAUAUAAUGCUAAAUAAAAUACCUCAUUCUCCAAUAAAAGAAUGCUCAACCAACAAUGCUAUACAAAAAAGAGUUUCUGAAAUGCCUAGUGGUCAGGAUACCUCAGAAGCAGGAAGUCUUCUUAGAGAAGGACCAGUUCACAUACAAGUCAGAGAUCUGGAGAUGAAGAAAGCUAACUUUUCUAAAUUUAGAAAGGAAGUCAAAACUCCAGAGCCAAUGCCGAGAGAAAGUUUUGUUUCCAUGAUUCAACCUCUUGUUUACUCAGACUUGGCAACACAAGUUAGUGACUACAAGGAAAGCCCAGUAGAAAGGGGGAUUCUGGUUUUAGAAGAGGUAACCCAACCUGAACAUAAGAAAGUUUUAAAACACAGUGAUACCAUCCAGGUUCAGCAGCUGUCCACUGAAGGUGUGGCAAACCAGACUCCAGAAAUGAAAAUACUAGGUGGAAAGGUAUCUCAUACUCAGCACCCUCUGCUGAAAACUAUGCCACCAGAGUAUUUUCUGCCCAGGGUGGCUCUACCCAAGUUACAUGCAGGGAAUAAUCAAAGCAAUCAGUUACAGGACAUGUUUAGGCCAGAAAUGCAGAUACAACUUGCUGAAAGACUAGAGAUAUGCUCAUCAGAAGACAGAAGAGAAGGAUGGAUUGGUCCAUCUGAGUGUAAGAAGAAUCAAGAGGUCAGUGCAGAAUUUAAUGAAGAAACCAGUGUUAGACCAGAAGUUUGUGAUUGCCAAAUGAAUAAAGAAACUUCUAAAGACACCACAGUUCUGUAUUCUCAUCCAGAUUGCAUGUAUAAUGUGCUGUUUAUAGGAGGCUCUAAUGUUGGCAAAACUUCCUUUUUGAACAGGUUGCAAAAUGACUCUUUUGAUGCAAACGUGACUGCAACUAUAGGAAUGGACUAUCGGAUCAAAAACCUGGUUUUGGAUAGCAAAUGCUUUGCUUUACGACUGUGGGACACAGCUGGCCAAGAAAGAUAUCACAGCAUCACCAAGCAGUUUUUCCGAAAGGCGGAUGGAGUGGUGCUGAUGUAUGACAUCACCUCAGAAUGCAGUUUUGCAGAUGUGCGGUACUGGCUGAACUGUGUCCAGGAAGGAGCAGGGGAUGGAAUCGUUGUCCUUCUGCUUGGGAACAAAACAGACUGCAAUGUGGAAAGGAGAGUGUCUGUAGAGGAUGGAGCACAUCUGGCCAAGGCAUGUGGACUCCCAUUUUAUGAAUGCAGCGCUGCUUCAGGUCACAAUGUCACAGAAUCCAUAGUCCAGUUAGUCAGGUUGAUGAAAAUUCAGGAAGACGAAUUAAAAAAGAAGGUUCUAGAAUUACCAGUGCCACUUAAAAAUAAGAUAAGUUGUUGUUUAUAAAGUGGAAAAGGCUAAUAACUGUUGAUCCUUGUGUCUACUGUGUGAAUAGGUAUAUUGUUUGCCCUCUUGAAUCUGGGUUGAAUCCAACUUGUAUAGCAUAGGAAGUUUUGCCACCUCAGAUGAAAACUGAGGAUGGUCAUUGUUCUACAGCAGUGUUGU